CAGGUAAUGCACAUUGCAGCAGCAAUGGAAAUAAACUCAAGAUUAUUACCUGAGUUGAAGAAUUUGCAUUCCACUAUGCAAUCAAAGUCUAAUGAAUUCAAAGACAUUGUUAAAAUCGGUCGCACCCACACUCAAGAUGCGACGCCUUUGACUCUUGGACAAGAGUUUAGUGGAUAUGUUACACAGGUAAAGUAUGGAAUCGAUAGGGUUUCGGCCACCUUGCCUCGACUGUAUCAGCUUGCACAAGGUGGCACUGCCGUGGGAACAGGUUUAAAUACAAAGAAAGGGUUUGAUGUGAAGAUAGCUGCUGCAGUAGCCGAGGAAACAAAGUUGCCAUUCGUCACAGCAGAAAAUAAGUUCGAAGCUUUGGCCGCACAUGACGCCUUUGUUGAAGCUAGUGGAGCUUUGAAUACUUUAGCUGCAUCAUUCAUGAAGAUUGCAAAUGACAUUCGUUUCUUGGGAAGUGGUCCUCGAUGUGGGCUUGGUGAGCUUAUUCUUCCCGAAAAUGAGCCUGGCAGCAGUAUCAUGCCUGGAAAGGUGAAUCCUACACAAUGUGAGGCUCUUACUAUGGUCUGCGCCCAGGUUAUGGGCAACCAUGUGGCUAUCACAGUGGGUGGAUCAAAUGGCCACUUUGAACUCAAUGUGUUCAAGCCAUUGAUGGCUAAUGCACUCUUACAUUCAAUACGGUUGCUGGGUGAUGCGGCUGCUUCCUUCGAGAAGAACUGUGUGAAGGGAAUCCAAGCUAAUAAGGAAAGGAUUUCGAAAUUACUGCAUGAGUCUCUAAUGCUUGUGACAUCCUUGAACCCUAAAAUCGGUUAUGACAAUGCUGCAACAGUUGCCAAGACAGCACACAGGGAAGGCUGCUCCUUGAAGGCGGCAACGGCCAAGCUGGGUCUGCUGACAGAAGAAGAAUUUGAUUGUCUUGUGGUGCCGGAAAAAAUGAUUGGUCCAUCUGAUUAAGGACCAGAUUUUAAUUAUAUGAUU